AUGGCAAAGUUCAAAAAAGCUAGUUAUUGCGUACUGGUUAAAGGUCUAUGGGAACCGAAUCCUGACGAUCCUCAUAAUCGUGACCAUGCCAACAAAUUCUACUAUGCACCUCGAUCAGUGGGGGUGGAUUGGCUGAAUGGACAGAUAGCUUGGGGUGCUCAUUGGGCUGUGCCUGCAGCUGGAACUGGUGGUACAGACGGAUUCAGUGCCGUUCAUUUCCCUACCAUUGGAACGUUCUUGAACAUUCCGGAUGAUUACGAUUAG